AGACGAAACAAGAUACGUUUUACGAUUGAUCAUAGGACAUUUCAUAUUUCUGUUAAUGGAGGAAGAUGCUUAUGUUCGUUUUGACACCUAUUUCUGAGAAUCUUGUGUUGUCACUAAACGAAGACUAUCUGGAACUAACUGACGAACCUCGCCAGCUGUUCCCAGGUGACGAGUUGGCCAUAAUUCCACCAAUAAGUGGAGGCUAGGUAACAUCGGAAACUUCACAUCCUGACAUUGCGUACCAAGUAUGAACCAUGUAGCGAUAAGUGAAACGAAACUGAGCAUUGAAAAGUUGACAUGUAUGGUGACUUCACCAGGAUGUGGUGCCGUAGCAUCAUUUAUGGGCACCACCCGUGACAACUUUGACAACAAGACUGUGGUGAAGCUGGAAUAUGAAGCGUAUGACGAAAUGGCGAAGAAGAAGAUGUUGGAGGUUUGCCAAGAAAUACGCAGUCAGUGGAAAGUGGAGAACAUCGCCAUCGAACACAGAAUAGGAGUUGUUCCUGUUGCUGAAUCUAGUAUCAUCAUUGCGGUAUCAUCAGCACACAGAUCAGAAUCCCUGGAAGCUGUCAGCUAUGCUAUUAAUAGAUUAAAAGAAGUCGUUCCAAUAUGGAAAAAGGAGGUGUAUGAGGAUGAAACAAGUGCAUGGAAACAAAACAAAGAAUGUUCAUGGAGUGAAGCACGGCUAGAAAAUGGAACCAAUGAAGGCACAAGUCCACUAGACUAACAGUGGAUCGACAUCAAGUUUUGAAAACAAAAGAUAUCGGGGAAUAAUGCAUCAUUGAAGAAUAUUUUAUGUCAAAUACAAAAGAAACCUUUACUCGAGUAAUGUUUUUUAGAGAAAUAUUUGAUAGGAAAUAAAAAAGAACAUACUGAGAAAUUUAUUGUUCUUUUAGAAUAUUUAAUAUGAAAUGUAAAAAAAAGAAAACAUACUGAGAAAUAUAUUAUUCCUAUGGAAUAUUUUACAAAAUGCUAAACAUACUGAGUAAGGUAUUAUAGAAAAGAACAUUUUGCAGAAUGUACUAUUUUUUUAGAAUAUUUGAAAUUUUUAUUUUUUAAGUUAAUUGCUUGUCAGACUUUAUAAAAAUAUAGGAGAAAAUAUAAUUCUUUUUAAUGUAACACAUUUUGACAUGUUUUUAAAUUUUCAAAAUUUGAUUUGCAUAAUUAUAAUGGAAUUGUUUUAUUCAGACAUUUGCAUCUAAAUGGAUUUUAUUUCCUAUAUAUUAUAAGAACAUUAAAUGGCUGAUAUUAUGAAAGAUAUUUAUCCCGGAGUGUGAUAUAAUUUGGUAAAAGCUGUGCAUAUUUAAUAAUUUAUGAUAAAAAUGCAGAUUUUUUAGCAAUGUACUCAAGUCAUAUUUUGUCUGUUUAAAAACUUAAAUGCAUCUGAACACUUUGUAAAUCUGGCUUUAGACUUCGUUUACUUUACAUGUUUGGUUUUGAUCAUGUACAGUCAUGUAAAUCGUUUGAUGUUUAAAGAAAUAUCUUGGGCAAUUUUGAAUUCUUCAGUAUUAUUCGAAAACACUUCAGCCAAAUAAAUUACCUUGCAUUGGGAGUAAUAUAUUGUAGUAAUGGCUAACACCAGUUACUUCAUGCCCAGAAAUAACAGGCAUAAUAAUAAGCAUGGUGUUUGGUAUCCAUGAAGUAUGGAUAAGCUUGUGACAAAUUGAUGAAGAUUGCAUAAAGAAUCAUAUUCACGUACUUGUCUUUGUUCGACACCCAAUAGCUGAUAUGCAUGUUUGUGCCAGUGUGUCUUUAAAGGUGCUAUGUCAUAGUUGCAAUAAUGACGGUUCCCGCCAAAAAUAUUUAUAAAUUUUUGCUUUCAAACAAAGUUUAUACCUUAGCCAGGGGUGGAUUAUGGAGGGUUCCCAGAUGCACGGACACCCCUCCCCCGCUAAAAAAAACCCCACCCCACCACGUAGAUCUAAACAUAAUUUACAUAUUGUUUUGGAACCCCCCUUACCUAAAGCAUAAUCUGCCCCUGCUUAGCUAUAUGAGUAUACAAAAUUACAACCAAAUUAUUCCAUUUACUAGUAGCAAAAAAAGAGAGAAGUAUUUUCGGGUGAAUCUUGAGAGUGUCACAUGCAUUAACUAGUGUCGUCACUAUUUUAUGUAUGCACAUUCAUCAUACUAAGUUUUUCUGAUAAUUCAUUGCAGACAAGUUACAAAGAAGGUGACCAUGCUAUAUUUAGCUGCAAAUUAUUGGGGAAAACCCUCUUAUUGUCCUGUACAAGACUUUAAAAAAUUUAUUCUUACACUAUAGAAUUAAUUAUGAAAUGAUUAUGCAUGGGAUUGAUUAAUUUGUAGUUAUUUAUUGCAAAUAAAUGUGAAAACAACAAAACAAUAUACAGUGAAACCUCUCAAAACUGGACCCUCUGGCAACCGGAAUUCCCUCAAAACCAGAUGGUUUUCAUGGUCCCCAUUUAAAUAGCUAUGCAGAAGAGAACCUCUGUAAACCGGAUACAUCUUAAAACCGGAUUUUUAUCUUGGUCCCGAGCAUGUCCGGUUUAAAGGAGUUUCACUGUAGUUUUGAACUUUGACAUAGCACCUUUAAACAUUGAUUCAUUCAUUGAUCGAGAUUCUCAACAGUAGUCAGGGCAAAAUACAGUUUAACCCCCAAAAAAUUGCUACAAAAGAUUUUUCAAUUGAUUCUGUUAGGUUUUAGUGUACUUUUUAACAUACUAAAAGUUUACCAAAAUCGGAGCACCGGAAAAGUGUUUUUUUCAAGAUGGCGUCCAAGAUGGCUGCCAAAACCUCCGAAUGGCCAUAAGUCUGUAACUAUCAACACAAUUUUGUUGAUCUUGGUGUCUAUCCCUAGGUUUUCGAGGGCAAGGAACACAUUGAGACCAUAAAGAAUGACACUGGACCCCAGAGAUUUUGGUAAACUUUUAGUAUGUUAAAAAGUACACUAAAACCUAACAGAAUCAAUUGAAAAACCUUUUGUAGCAAUUUUUGGGGGGUCGAGGGGGUAUUUUCCAUAUAUUGACUAGUCUACAAGCACAAUGAGGACGAGUGUUGUACUGUUCCUUUUAUAACAGUAACUGUUCUUUGUAUACAUAUUCCAAUUUACCAGGUAUAUCCACAUUUAAAACCAGAGGCAGAUCUAAAAGGGCCCAGGGGCCUGGACCCCCCCCUAAAUUUUGCAAUAGUUAUAAUUUUAUUAUAUAUUAAUUUUCAUUUUUCUUACGAUCCCUCUCCAAAGUUCCCUUGGCAUUGCACCUAAAUGGAUUUUCUGGAUCCGCCACUGAAAACCUCGACUGUUGCGAACUUUGUAAUGUCAAUAAUAUCUAGGGUUAUAAGUGUAUGAUUCUACCCUCAAAAUUAGUUGUAAUCCAUGUAAAAAUGCGUAGUGUUUUGUUUGCAACUAUAUAUAUAAGCAGUUUGGCAGUAAUGCUAAUAUGAAUAAAUUUUAAAUCCAGAUUAAAGCAUUUUCGUUUAAUUUGGGCAAAAACCAGCCUGCCCCCUACAAAAACUAGAGCUUGUAUGCCUAUGUCUAGGGUUUAAGCUGGACACCAAAUAUUUAUAGUAAUGUGGUGAAUUUGAUCAGGAAAUAUAUAGCCAAAUUCAAACAUUUAACUGACAGAACAACACACAGUUUUCCACGCAGUUUUCGAAAUAGCUUUUCGGCGAAUUGGUAAUUUCAUAGUUUUACAAUGUAUAUUCACCAAAAUCGGCUUAAAAUCGCAUUUGACAAUUUGACGAACAGCAGUUUAAACUUUUGACUUCAUAAAUUGUGGUUGCUUCUAACAGGACAUGACUGAAUGUUUGCAGUUGUAAAGCGUCCGAAAACAAAAUGCUGGACUCUGUACACAAAUAAAAGAUUUUGUCAAAAUUUUUAUCAAGUACCAUUCUCAAGUUUCUCGACCUGGUAACCUGAAUGUCCAUUGUAUCUAGACUUAUUUGAUGCCUGCAAUAAUUUAUGUUUUAUUUUUAAAUUAUAGUUACAUGCAGAUCUUAAAAUAAUUGAUAAUAAAAUUGCUCAUUUAUUGAAUAUAUUUUAUGGUUGGGAAACAUUUUUAAUGGAUUUUUUAAAUCCAUAAAAUGUUCAGCUAUUGUUGAUCAAAGAAAACUUAAUGGAUCCGACACAAAUGUGUUGAUUGGAAAGAUAGCAGAAAUUAUUGGCUUUUUAAAAUAUUUUGGCAGACCACUCCCUUACCUAACCCCCAAAAAAAGAUAAGAAAAAAAAAGACAUCACCAGUGAUUAUUCGAGUACUAGUAAUCAAGUUUAUUAUAAAAAUUGUUUCUGAUAAUAUGAAUUACUGUAUGUAUAUAAAUUUGCAUGGCACAUUUUCAUUUAAUCCUAGAAAUCCUUGUAGUAUUUCUGAAGUGUUUAUAAACAGAAAGGCACGUUUUGAUUAGUAGCAUCUGUGAUAUUAAGUUAUUCAGGAAAAUAUAAUAUGCCACCAUCAAAUUAUGAUAUUAUUUAGAUGUUAUUUGUGAUAGAAGUUUACAAAUUACAUAUAUCUGUGGAAUGAAACAUUUUUGUAUUAAAUUUGUAUUAGGCA